CCCCGAACCCUCUGACAGCACCCCCACCCCUCCACCCUCACCCGGAGCAGCAGCAUCAGCAUCAACUGAUCCUCCGUCCCCUGCGCCUCCUCCCCCCCCUCCCCCUCGCCGUCUCCAACUCUCAGUCUGUGUUCCGCGGACAUGGGGCGCACCGUGUUCUUCUCGCCUGGGCUGCUGAGGAGCUUGGCCGCGCUGUGAGACAGACACCGGGUGGAUUUAUGGUCGGCAAAGCUUGCAACUACCAGCCGAGUGGGACAUUAGUGGAAGUUUGAGUGCCGGGAGGAUGCGGGUGACGUGCUGGUGCGCCGUGGUCCUCCUGACGCCCGCGCUUUGCCUGGUUACAAGUGCCCAUGUCAAGUCGGGAAGCCCCAAAUCAACGCUAAAGCAUAUAUGGACAGAGAGCAGCAAGGAUAUGUCAAUCAGUCGGCUGCUGACACAAACUCUGCAUGGCAAAGAAAACAGCACAGCUUUGGACCUUCACUAUGACACUCCAGAGCCCUACUCGGAGCAGGACCUGUGGGACUGGCUGAGGAACUCCACAGACCUGCAGGACUCGCGGCCACGGGCUAAACGGCGGCCCAUGGUGAAGACAGGUAAAUUCAAGAAGAUGUUCGGCUGGGGGGACUUCCACUCCAACAUCAAGACGGUCAAGCUCAACCUGCUGAUCACCGGUAAGAUUGUGGAUCAUGGUAAUGGCACCUUCAGUGUCUACUUCCGCCACAACUCCACAGGUCAGGGCAACGUGUCGGUCAGCUUGGUCCCUCCAACAAAGAUAGUGGAGUUUGAUGUGGCAUCGCAGCAGUCCGUCAUCGAUGCGAAAGAUUCAAAAUCCUUCAACUGCCGUAUCGAGUACGAGAAGGUGGAGAAAGGUUCCAAGAACAUACUCUGCAACUUCGACCCAUCCAAGAGCUGCUACCAGGAGCAGACCCAGAGCCAUGUUUCCUGGCUCUGCUCCAAACCUUUCAAAGUCAUCUGCAUCUUCAUUUCCUUCUACAGUACCGACUACAAACUGGUGCAGAAAGUGUGCCCAGACUACAACUACCAUAGUGACACACCCUACUUUCCCUCUGGCUGACAGUUGCAUACACUUAGCCACACCAUGGACGAGCGGAGCACAGAAUGGGGCUUCUACCCAUUCCAGAGAAAUGUGUAUGUUAGCCUUACUGUCCCUAAACAUGUCUAAACCAGAGUGUCAGUCAUCCCCAAUGAUUUUCCAAUUCAGCAUUCUAAGUUUUGAGGGAACAGUUACUUAUAACUAUUAACUGUUGUUGAUAAAAGGUGGUAUAUAAGACUCUAAUUUGCUUACAAUGACCUCAAAAAAACUGAUUGCUGUAGUAAUAGUUAGUUUGUCCCUAAAUUAUGUUGAAUCCCAGUUAAACCAUGUGUAGAUAACAGAGGCUUAUUGGCCCUUUUGGUUCUUUGUUUUUUCUUUCUAACCCCUCUGAUGUGUUUUGCUUUAUGUCUAGUUCACAAAAUAGAUGUAAUAACUUUGUUUAUCUCUUAGCAUAUUUCAUAUAUGAUAAAUUAACUCUCUGGACACCAACAUAUUGACUGUUUGCCCCUGCUGUGCUAUUUACGCUCUGCAGUUCAUCCUAGAAAAUAAAAAUUAACUCCUUAUUGAAAAACGUUUAAAAAAAUAAAAUAAAAUAGCUAGCCUGGGUGCCUGCGAGGCAUCUGAAGAGGAGAGUGGAGACUAAAUGUGAGUUUGAUGCUUUUAGAAAUGUGAGGUGGUCUUAUUUAUCUAGGGGUGAGCUUGGACUGAGCAGACUUCUCCCUCAGGGGAGUCUCAUCCGGGAAAGAAACUGUUGGUAACAAGCUCAGAUACUGUAACACUGUCAAUCCUCGGCUGUGCUCCUGCCAGCGCAGGCAGACGUUUGUUUGGUGAUUGCUUCACUCUCGGCUGACUGAAUGUCCGAUCACCUGACCGAUUGAUCAGUGACUUGUUCGGGGAGAUGGGGCUUGCUCAUUGUCACUUAAUAUAUCAACUGUAAUGUAUUGAAUUCUAUAUCUUAGAGCCUAAUUUGUAUGAAUGGUUUGUAUUGUACAUAGUUUAUCCCAAUUGCGCUGCUUCUAUACAUGCCCCCAUGAGCUGUGUUCCCCUCCGCUAAGUCCUCUUGUUCACUCCAUCUAUGCUCGUUUUUGGUUUCUCUUGCAAAAUGAUGUUGCUGCCCUAGAUGUGAAUUUCAUGAAAACAGCAAUCCUGUAAAAAAGCUG